UGAAGUCGCCUCUGCGAUGGACGUGCUCUGUUUCACCUGGUGGUCUACACACCUGUUAUCAAAGUAGGAAGUGCGUUUCCCACUGCUGUUCCAUCGUCUGGCAGACAUGUCUUCAAUUAAAGAAAGAGCCGCCGCGUUAAACCUGGCAGACAAGUUGUGUGUGCGUCCUCAAGCUCCUGGUGUGGCCAGUAAACCGGUACAGUCGUCCUCCAUGUGGAGCAGCCUCCUCUCCCACCUCAGGUCCUCUGUGACAGUGAAGCGUCGACGAGUCCACCUCAAGUCUCACAGCGACUGCUUCCUGGGCUCAGAGGCUGUGGAUGUGCUGACAGAACACAUCAGCUGUGGGAAAGCCUUUGAGGGUGCUGAUGUUACACGGGACAAAGUGGUGUGUGUGUGCCAGGCUCUGUUGGACUGUAAUGUGUUUGAGGCAGUGGGUACCAAAGUGUUUGGCAAAGACAAGAAGCAGGAUGUGUUUCAGGACAGCAAGAGUGCGCUUUACAGGUUUGUAGUUCUGUGUUCUCCUUCGGUGGAUGAGUUGGAAAAAGGAGUGCUUGUGAAGGGGAUCCAAAGACUGUUCUGCAGUGCUCCUACAGACAGGCAAGAGGAGCAGACAUGUCCCUCUGGUCUGCAUGUUCAGUUUUCAACACCUGUCAAAUGCACCCAGACGUUCCUCCAGGCAGAGCAGCACCUCUCUCCUGCUGCUGGCAGCCUGUCUCUGGGCCCUCAGAUGGACAGCCUGACUCCCUGCAGACUGCACAAUGACACCGCUCUACCACAGUCAUUGGUGGACGAGAUCUGGCAGGAGCAGACUCUGCUCAGGCUGUUAAACCUGGUGGAGCUCCCCCUGCUGGAGGGGGUGCUACAGUGGUGCCAGAACCCCGCCCCCCCCUCUCCAUCCAACCUGCUGCCUUGCAGUAACCCCAACCUGAUCUACAGCAGCAACCACCUGGACCGGCAGAUCCUCAGGGCCUUCAGGGACUCUCAGGAGGACGAGUGGCUCGGUGCAGCUCUGGACUGUCUGGACUUCCUCCCUGAUCAGCCGGUGGUGGAGCUGAGCCGGGAGCUGCCUCUCUGCGAGCCUCAACAUCAGGACAGCAGUGAACACGGUGGAGGCAGCAGCAGUGAUGAGCAGCCUCGCCUCUCCCUGAGCGGUGUGGCUCAGUGUAAGCUGCUGCUGUACGGGACCCUGGUGAAACACUACAGCCACACAGACAGACCCCCCCUGAUGCCCCCACACAUGACUGACAUCUACACAGCCAUCACCGACCUACUGGUGAAUGCUAAACUGAACAUGGCUCUGGAGGCUCUGCAGCUGUGUCUGAAGCUGCUGCCCCCCGGCUGCAGAGACCAGCUGCGCAAGGUGCUCACAUUUAUGGCCCUGGCAGCUGACCCGCAGGGGAUAAAACUGGACAAGGAGAUGGAGAACAGACAAGCGGUGAAGAGGUCUUUCUUCAGGGCGAUGCUCCACAGCAGGGUUCUAUCUAAGGACAAAGAGGACCUGAUGGUGGUGUUCAUGCUCAGCAACAUUAAGGAGAUGUUUAAGAUACCAGGGGCUCUGCACAAUGUAGUGAGUGAGAAGCUGGCCGGCCUCGUACAGGGGGAGCAGCCCGAUGUGACCAGUUUUACGUUCUGUCAGCAGGUCUCCAGAAGGAUUCACGCUGACUCUACAAAGGAGACCACCAACCAGGCCCUGUGGACUCUGCUGAACAGCAUCUACCAGGACCCCAAGGUCUCUGCCAAGGAGAAAAAGCGCCUACUCGGACAGUUUUAUCAAGCGCACCCUGAGAUAUUCAACAAGUACUUUGGUGAAUCUGCUGUUAAUGUGCUUUAGUUUUGUGAAGACAAUGACACGGGCACAUAGUCUUUAUCUCUCAGUCUUCUACAGUCAGUUUCACCAGGAGCUAGUUAUUACCAUCUUUGGUCUUUUUCUUUCGUCCCAAGCUAACUGACUUAACAUAUGUGAGACUUACAAAAGAUCUUAUGGGAGAGGGCAAAGAUUCUUCCAGCAUACAAUUGCUUGUAUAUGUGUGUAUUUGCUUUGUUAUUGACAAAAUAAAUAAAGUGUUGAUAAGUGUUUGUCUUGAAUAUAACAAGUGUUUCUGUGAUUAAGCUUCUUUGUUUCAUUUAUGGGUGUGUAAGGGUAAUACAAAACAAAUAUAAUAGAAUCAAUGAGAGAUAGUCCAUCAGUUGUGAAAUAAAAAAAAUGACAAAAAAAGAGA